AAUUGUCAAAAUCCUUCCCUGUGGUACCAACAGGCUGGUCUCCUGUCUGGAGCAUCCUUCAGAGUGUUUCUAUUACAAGAUUAGGACGAGAAGAAAUGGUAUGGAAUGGGUAAUGGAAAUGGCCACGUGAAAGAGGCUUCUGGGAGAGGCCUGAAGACGGGGAAUGGAGCUGCUUUGGAGAUAUUCUGUGACCGGGUCCAGUUUUCCAACCAAGUGAGGAGGAAUCUUUUUAACUGCCAUUCCUCAGUUCUUUCUCCACUAGCUUCCAGGCUAUAAACCCGAGUUACUGGAAGGAAGGGUGGCUCUCUCAACAGGAACCGGAGUAGUUUGGGGGAGGGAGAGAUUUGGAAGGGAAGAGAAGUGUAGAGGGCUCCGUUUGGAGCGUGCCAAGUUUGGGAUGUCUUGGAGACGUUUCCAUGGAGAUGUCCAACAGCCAGCUGGGAUAAGAAUGAAAAGCCAGCAGGAGAUCCUAAACGUAGAACCAGAGGAGAACCUUGGAGGCCACCAAGGACAAGCCCGACUUUUCACAGAGGAGGAAACAGACGUUAAAUGAUUCGCCCGUUAUGUGAUGGAGGAUUUGAGCUCAGGACUUUGGGACUCCAGGAGCUGGCGUCACUUUGGAGGAAUCCCAGAAAGGGGAACGGUUAGAUAAGCAGGAGAAGAACCAGAAGAGGGCAAGGAAAACCUAGAGUAGAGGGUGGCAAGGAGGAGGGUGACUGACGGAGUCAAAGGCUGCAGAAAAGUCAAGAAGGAAGAGAAAAGACCAUUAGGAAGCCAUCGGUAGUAAUUGGAUAGUUUCAAUGGAGGCAGGAGUUUGGAAGACGGACUGCAAAGGGUUAAGAAGAAAGGCCGAGUUGUGAAAGCUGGGAAUCGGGUUGAACUCGUUACACGCCUACUGAUGGGACUUCUGGGAAAUGUAGUCCAGGGAUGAGUGCAGAGAUGCUCAUUUGUCAAUAGACCAACUUUGUGUCAGAAGACUCCAUUUCCCAGAAGGGAAUGAAUCAGGAGGUUGGUCCAGUAGGUCAGCCCUAAACAGCCACCGGGCCCCGUUGAGUCCUGGGAAUUGUAGUUCCUUGUCCGUGGGGUGCGCAAGCGUAUUUACCAGGGGACCAGACAGUUCGGGCCUUUGUUCACCGUGUGGCUUGGCGGGUGCAGGAAGCGUUUCUUGCUAAGGAGGCAGAGUGCCGGCUCACAGUGAUUAUUCUGACUAUCGCCCUUACUCCCGAGUCUGCAGGAAGGUGAAAGAGGAGACUCGGGACCCUGAUCAGGGGAGGACUGCGUUGCCGGAAAGCAGGAAUCCCCCGUAGAGGAAGACAGCUGCCGCUGCAGAGCCAAUGAAGGGCUGCCAGGGCUGGGGCAGAACCAUUCGCCAUCCGGCCUCUGCACUGAUCCCAGAGCACUAAGGAAACAAGGCGGAAGCGACCAUGGAACGUUUGCCCGAAAUGCUUGAGAAAGCUCUGCCUCUUCACAACGCUGUCCUCCCCCAAGAAAGAAGCUUAGCGGAGGCGGAGGAGAAAAAGCAAGGCAUGACCUCCAGGCUCCUGACAACCAGAUCCCAGCACCCGGUGACGUUCAAGGACGUGGCUGUGGACUUCACGCGAGAAGAAUGGCGCCAUCUGGGCCCCGCUCAGAGGGACCUCUACAGGGACGUGAUGCUGGAGAACUACCACAACUUCGCCUCCCUGGGGCUUCCUGUUUUUAAACCAGAUGUGAUAUCCCAGUUGGAGAGAGGGGAAGGACCAUGGAUGCCAGAGGCUGAGGUCCCACAAGUUACUUUUCCAGAGUCUCUUAUUCAGAAGAGAAGAUGUGAAACCUUGGACUCGACUUCAAAGCAAGGCAUCUCUAUGGGAAGAUCAUGCAAGGAAAGAUUAGCCAAGAAUGGUCCCUGGGAUUCUAAGCUGGAAGAACCUUGGGCAUUUGAUAUCAGGUUGGAGAGGCAGAAGGACAACUGGAACAAACAGGCCAGGGAACUAGCCGUGAUUCACAGGAAAACUUCUACUGAGUUAAGUGCUCAGGAAUGUUAUACAUUUGUAAGAAGGUUUAGCCCAGAGUCAAUCCUUGUUCCACAACAGAAAGUUGCUGCAGGAAAAAUUCUCCAUAAAUAUGAUACACUUGAAAACAGCUUCAAACAGUUUUCUGACCUAAAUCAACAUAUUAAAGUCCCCUUAGAGAAGAAGCUUUGUAAAUAUAAUACAUGUAGGAAACCCUUCAGUUACCACUCUGACCUUAUUCAGUAUCAUAAAAUAUAUACUGGAGAGAAACCCUUUGAGUGUAAUGAAUGUGGGAAAGCCUUCAGUCAGAGGGGACACCUUAUUGAUCAUCAGAGAAUUCAUACUGGAGAGAAACCCUUUGCCUGUACUGAAUGUGGGAAAGCUUUUAGUCUUAGGGUAUGCCUUACUCUACAUCAAAGAACUCAUACUGGGGAGAAACCCUAUAAAUGUAAUGAAUGUGGGAAAGCCUUCAGCCAGAGGGGGCAUCGAACUGAACAUCAGAGAAUUCAUACUGGAGAGAAACCCUACAUUUGUAAUCAAUGUGGAAAAGCCUUUACCAAUAACUCUAUCCUACGGAAUCAUCAGAGAAUUCAUACUGGAGAGAAGCCGUAUAAAUGCGAUGAAUGUGGGAAAACAUUCAACCAGAGAAGACCCCUUACGGAGCAUCAGAGAAUUCAUACUGGAGAGAAACCUUUUGAAUGUAAUGAAUGUGGGAAGGCUUUCAGUCGUAAGGUUUAUCUUACUUUACAUCAAAGAAUUCAUACUGGAGAGAAACCAUAUAAAUGUAAUGAAUGUGGGAAAACCUUUAGCCAAAGGGGAGCCCUUAAACAACAUCAAAGAAUUCAUACUGGUGAGAAACCUUUUGAAUGUACUGAAUGUGGCAAAGUUUUUAGUCAUAGGGUAUGCCUUACUAUGCACCAGCGAGUUCACACUGGAGAGAAACCCUUUGAAUGUAAUGAAUGUGGAAAAGCCUUUAGCCAGCAUUCCAACCUUACUCUACAUGAGCGAAUUCAUACUGGAGAGAAGCCCUUUGAAUGUAAUGUAUGUGGUAAAACUUUCAGCCAGUUUUGCCACCUGAUUGAACAUCAGAGAAUUCAUACUGGAGAGAAACCCUUUGAAUGUAACGUGUGUGGGAAAGCCUUCAAUCACAAGUGGCAACUUACUGAACACCAGAGAAUUCAUACUGGGGAGAAACCCUUUGAAUGCAAUGAAUGUGGUAAACACUUCAGCCACAGAACAUCCUUUAUUAAUCAUCAGAGGAUUCAUACUGGAGAGAAACCCUAUGAAUGUAAUGAAUGUGGGAAAGCUUUCAGCAACAAAUCAAGCCUUUGGAAUCAUAACAGAAUUCAUACUGGAGAGAAACCCUUUGAGUGUAAUGAAUGUGGGAAAGCCUUCAGCCAGAGAGGACACCUUACUGCACAUCAGAAAAUUCAUACUGGAGAGAAACCCUUCCAUUGUAACGAGUGUGGCAAGCACUUUAGCCACAAGACUUCCUUUAUUCAUCAUCAGAGAAUUCAUACCGGAGAGAAACCCUAUGAAUGUAAUGAAUGUGGGAAAGCCUUCAUCAGCAACUCAAACCUCAGAGGACAUCAGAGAAUUCACACUGGAGAAAAACCCUUUGAGUGUAAUGAAUGUGGGAAGGCAUUCCGUCAGAGCUGCCAUCUUACAGAACAUAAGAGAGUUCACACUGGGAAGAAACCCUUUGCAUGUAAUGAAUGUGGAAAAGCUUUUAGCACCAGUUCAACUCUGAGGAAGCAUCUUUGUAAGCAUCUUUGUAAACUUUAAAGUACUAUGAAUAUAUGUGAUGGCAAUGUUGUAAUUAUCAGAUAAGCCAUACUGGAGGAAAACCCUUAUGAAUGUGAUUUUUUAAAAAUGAGAUAAAUGAUGGCAUGUAGUUCAUCACUUACCGGACACUAGAUACUUUAUCCUGAAGAGUCAAGAUGUCAUUUUUGUUACUAGGUACAAUAUUCUUUGGUUCUUUGAGAGAUAAAGACUUUGAUAUCCUUUAUUCUUCCCUUAUAUCUGCCAUCCAGUGAUAUUAGAAUGUUAUUAGUCAAUGCAGGAAGUAAGUUGGGGCAAGACCUGAACCAAUGCCUGAAAUUCUUUCCCAAAAAAUUUGUUAGUAAACCCUCUAAAAUGUUAUUUAACAAAAUAGUUCACGUUAAGUUAGAGUUAAAGGAAUAAAUGUAGGAAGAUAGAUGAACUAUAAUGACUAUUUUCUCUCCCUUCUGAGACUGGAGCAUGAUUAAUACGAAGUCAGCUUUAUGUAAGAUUCUCUGUGAUGUAAAUGGAUUGACCCUGGGUUGGAACGUGUCCACUUUACACAUUUUCCUGCUCAGGGAAUGUAUCAUUGAGUAUCACUAUUGGAAAAGACCUCAAAAAUAUUUUAAUCUUACCGAUAACUUUUGUAAGUGAAGAGUGAAAUGGGAGUGAAGUGGAAAUAAGAAACAUUUCUAAUGUCUGGCUUUCCGUUUGAUGCUUCCUGGUGACCUGAGGAAUUCCAAGAGAAAUCAACCUGAAAGAUAAAUGUCUAGAACCCUUGUGCAGAUUACACUAAGAACAAACUGGAAUUAGGAUGCUGGUGAUGCAACUGAUGAUGUGCAAGUGAUGGGUAGUAAGAGGCUAUGAGAUUUGGUUCUUUGUGGACCCAGAGAGACCUUUACUUAUCUGCAUACACUGGUCCUAGUGUGUAUGUAGUAUGUAGUAUGUAGGUCCUAGACCUAACAAGAACCUGCAUUUAUAUGGCGCUAUGAGGUUUGCAGAGCACUUUUCAUAUUACCACAUUUGACCCAUCAUUAUCCCUAUUUCAUAAACGAGGAACUGAGUCUGAAAGAGGUUUUGACUUGCCCAGGGUCACAGCUACUAAAUACUAAUACUAAAUGCUGUCAAUAUUUGAACGUAAGUCUUAUAGAAUCCAAGUCUAGAACUCUACCCACUAGUCUGCCUAAGGAUUUUUAGAUUCCUUACUCCACAGAAGAAUCAGAUUCCAACAACUAAAGCAAAGCAUUCAUUAGCCCAUAGUCUUUUUUUCCCCUAGGAUAUAGGAUUGGUCAUUAGAAGUAGAAGAGUCCUAGACAUGAUCAGCUAACCCAAACUCUUACUUUACAGAUAAGACUACCAAUCUGAAGGUAGUAGGUGGCAAAACUGGGAUUCCAACCCGUAUCUCCUAAUUCCAAAUGUAGUGCUGUUUCCUUUUUGUUCCUUCAGUUCCUUCACUGUACCCUGAUCUGUAUAUUCUAACGGGAUCAUAUUUUUUUAAACCACCCUAUUUGUCAGGAUCUGUUCUGAAAAUAAAUGAGUUUCACAAAAGGAUUAAA